UUAUAUUGGGAUGAGUUGUCUUUGGGAUGAGUUGUCUGUAUACAAUAUACCUAUUCAUCUAUAUAUUUUAAAAUUAAUUACUAUUAUUAGUUUUGUUGUAUGAUCUAUUCUAUGCCUACAUGUACCUGCAUUUGUUUUGAUUAGUAGACAGCGCUACCAACUCCUUUUUGCGUCCUGUACACUUAAGAUUUUGCUUUUCAGGUAUUCUUUAAGUGCAUCAACCUUCCAGGUCUCUAUCACAUCGUAUGAAAUAUCCUCCAUCCUUAAAAUAACAGUAAAAUCGGCGUUUUUCGCAAUUUGGUCAGAGAAAUCCCAUGCAUAGCAAUGGCGGCCUCCUCGUGAGUUUGCUCACGGAUCUCCCACAAUGCAACAGCGCGACGCCAUUUAUUUUGAAUGGGUGAUUCCUGUACACGUGUCCGUCCGGAUAACCGGAACUACUUCCACCUAUCCACGAAGUCCCGAGUUACCAGCGAGAUUUAACCUAUAUAUUGCAGUUUUGCCUUAGCUGCGGCUCAGAUUAAGCUUUAGACUUCAAAUAGAUAACCUUGUUAUUAUUGCAGGCGCCUUGGAACACCAAGUGGGACUUGGUACUUUUAUUUGAAGAUACAUUAUGGGAGAUAAGGAAACCGAUGAUAAUAAAAUACAUGUUAAGGAUUGGGUAAAAGAUGAUGUCGAUGAAUAUUGUCACAUUAAAGAAGAGAAAACUGAUGAUGUAGUUGGAUAUUGUCAUGUUAAAGAAGAGAAAACUGAUGACGUAGAUGAAUAUUGUCAUGUUAAAGAAGAGAAAAUUGAUGAUGUAGAUGAAUAUUGUCAUGUUAAAGAUGAGAAAACUGAUGAUGUAGAUGAAUAUUGUCAUGUUAAAGAAGAGACAACUGAUGAUGUAGAUGAAUAUUGUCACAUUAAAGAUGAGGAUACUGAUGAAUUAGAUGGAUAUUGUCAUGUUAAAGAUGAGAAAACUGAUGAUGUAGAUGAAUAUUGUCAUGUUAAAGAUGAGAAAACUGAUGAUGUAGAUGAAUAUUGUCAUGUUAAAGAAGAGAUAACAGAUGAUGUAGAUGGAUAUUGUCAUGUUAAAGAAAAGAAAACUGAUGAUUUUGAUGAAUAUUGUCAUGUUAAAGAAGAGAAAACUGUUGAUAUUGACCCAGUUUAUCAGUGUAAUUUAUGUGAUGAAGAAUUUAAAUCAGAUACUGAUUUAGAGAAACAUUGUAAAAUACAUGUUAAAGAAGAGUUGAAAGCCUUUGGUGGUAGUAUAGGCCUACAAUCAGCUGACAGUCAUGCUGUAGCAAAACGUUUUAAAUGUGAUGUUUGUUUCAAAUCCUUUACUUGUAGGCGUAAUCUACAGACACACAUUAGGGUUCAUACUGGUGGAAAACCUUAUAAAUGUGAUGUUUGUAAGAAGUCAUUCAUCGAUCAUAGCGCUUUACAGCAACACAUUAGAAGUCAUAGUGGAGAUAAACUUUAUAAAUGUGAUGUUUGUAGUAAAUCAUUUGCAACUAAAAACUCUUUACAGGUACACAUGAGAAUUCAUACUGGUGGAAAACCUUAUAAAUGUGAUGUUUGUUGUAAAUCUUUAACAACUAAAAACUCUUUACAGGUACACAUGAGAAUUCAUACUGGUGGAAAACCUUAUAAAUGUGAUGUUUGUUGUAAAUCUUUAACAACUAAAAACUCUCUACAGCAACACAUGAGAAUUCAUACAGGUGAAAGGCCAUUUAAAUGUGAUGUUUGUAGUAAAUCAUUUAGACGUAGUUAUAGUUUACUGCAACACGGGAAAACUAAAUGUGAGAUAAUUAAACUUCAUAAACCAAUAACAAUUCAUACUGGCGAAAAAUCUUAUUAUCAAUGUAAUGUUUGUAGUAAAUCGUAUGCUGACGCAAGUAAUGUACGCAAGCACAUGAGAAUUCAUAGUGGUGAAAAGCCUUAUCAAUGUAAUGUUUGUAGUAAAUCGUAUUCAGACGGAAGUAAUUUACGCAAGCACCUGUUAAUUCAUACGGGAGAAAAACGGUUUCAGUGUGAUGUUUGUUGUCAAUCAUUCACACAGAGCAGCACCCUACACAAACACAUGAGAAUUCAUACUGGUGAAAAACCUUAUAGAUGUGAUGUUUGUGGUAAAUCAUUUAGUCAGAGUAAUGGUCUAUACAAGCACGUGAAAAUCCAUGCUGGUAAAAAAUCUUAUAUCUUUGGCGAAUCAUUGUAGUGGCCUACAGUCACACACAAGAACUCAUAAAAAAGAAAACUGUUUUAAAUGUGAUGUUUGUAGUAAAUCAUUUCCUGCACAAGGUACUUGAAACAAACAUAUGAUAAUCCAUUUGGAAAUUAAAUGAAAUGAAAUGGGGUUUAAUGUCCUACUGUUCUGCUCCUAACCUGGGCUAAUGAAGACGGGCAUACUCCAUACAGUGUGCUAUGAGGGAAAUUUCGCCCGGGCAGCGGCACUACGGCCUACUCUUAUAUCGAAUUCCAACUGCCAAGGGAUCUUUUACGUACAUGCUAAUGUGCACACAGGACUUCGGUUUUUCGUCCCAUCCGAACGACUAGACAGUUGUCCUUGUCAGGCCCUAAUCGAUUUGGGGGAAGCCUCGUGAAUGUUAGAAAACAUACUGGAGAAAAAAAAACCCUUAUAUGGUUCAGUCACUUUUUUGAAAAAUCGCAAUAUAGGCCUAAUGAUUUCCUUUUUGUGUAAUUAUAUUUUAUUUUAGAUAUUUAAUGAUAUAAAAAUGUCACCAACAAAAUGCUGAAAAUGAAGCAUAAGAAUGUAGAAACAAUAGUCAUCGAUUUAUAUUUUAGUUUCAUCCUUGGGGAGCCACUGUGGCUAAGUGGGUAAUAUGCUGGCAU